AUUUUGUGAUUUUUAUGAAUCAUCGAAGUGUGUGACGAAAUUCUGCUCCCAAAAAAACGAUGUACCUUGCUAUUAAUUCUGAAAAGGUUCAGUCUUGGAAAGUAGCCGCUGGAGUCCGGAAACAUGCAUCGCAAACGAUUCUUUCCGGCCGAUCUUCGAGCACAUCCCCUGCACUAUGCAGCUCUGCGCAGUCAGGUGGAUAAGAUAGCGAAGCUUAUCAACGAUAGGACAAUUAACAUAUACGAACCGAUACAGAACGGUGAAACGGCUCUUCACGUAGCCCUAACUGCUUAUCAAUCUGGUGAUGCCCAACUUAUGGUGGCCGAGAAACUUAUCGCGGAAUACAGCGAGGAUUUCGAACGGGUACAGGAAUAUGUUAACCAGAAGUUCCCAGGUAAUUGCAGUGACCAAAAGUGGUGGAUGAAGCGAAGUAUAUUGAUUGCGUCCACGCUUGAUCAAUGUGAAACGUUUAAACAACUGGAAAGUAUACCUGGAAUGUCGACAAUUGAUAUGAGAUACUCGAUAGUAGUUUUACUAAAAUAUCCGAUCGACAACGAGUAUGUAGCAGUGAUUCAGUCAAAUAAGUUAGAUCGAAUGGAGUUGUUCCGAGCAAUCAAAUCAGUUCACCACAACGGAUUAUUGUCCUGGAACAGUUGUGGUCCAACCGGAAAGAGUGAUUCCUUGUCAAUGUUAGCAGCGUAUUAUGGAGCGACCGAGAUCCUGGAAAGGCUUAUCGAAUUGGGAGCAGAUAUCGCGAUGCACGGUCCAGAAGGUCGAACGACAUUCCACGCAGCUUGUGAAGCCUCUCAAAAUGAUGUUAUCCAGUGUCUGGUUACAAAGCACCUUGAUAAAUUUGAUCCGACCGCAUUGGACGAUGAAUCGAAACACGGACUGCACUACAUUUUAGAACGUAAAAACGUUACAAGUUUCAAAGUGGUACUCGAGGCAAUGGUAAAGUACCGAAUUUCAAAGUACAACGAAUCGCCAGCGAAUGCUUUCAACGCCAUUUUUAAGCUAGAAAAUCUAGAUUGGCCCUACUCUGGCAUUUGGAUGCAGCUGGAUAACGCCUUUUGGGGCUCGAUUCUAGAGAAAGAACUCGAAUUUUACGACUACGAUCUAACCUAUCGAUGGAAGGAGGUUGUCGCUAUUUUCGAUAUGGUGUCCUUUAAAAAAGCUAGAAAAUUUUACUCCAAAAGGUUACUCGAAAAUUCCGAGCUGAUGAGAAUUGAUCAAAAUGGAUAUACGGUUCUUCAUAGUCUUAUUGCUACCAACGACCUUCUGCUGGUGAAGCAGCUAUACGCUAAAUAUUCAAAAGAAACGGUUGAAAUCUUUGAACGGGAGGCUGCCUUCUCUGCCUUGGCUAGUUUCACGAUGUCGGAAAGCAUGAUGAAAUUCGUAUGUGAAAAACAUUCCAUAUUUCUCAGGGAAAAUAUUAGUAAACUUUUGGAAACAGUAAUUAAUGCUUCAACCAACUACUCAAACCUUACAGUCUUACAAAGCUGUAUUCCAGAGUUAAAGGAUAAAAUUGAAGAGCGCAAAGCGUACUUGUUUGGAAUUUCCGAAGCGGCCUCUAACGAGUUUGACGACCUGUAUUGCAGAUUGGCAGCAAAUUUCGAUGAAACUUACAACAAAAUUAUACAGUCGGGAGUCUCCAUAAACCACUACACCGACAAACCUCUCAACAGAUCUUCUUUGAAUCGAGCAAUUUGCGAAAACCGUUUGGAGCUGGUCAAAAACCUGCUCUCCGUAGGCUUCAAUUUCGAUCCAUUUGAUGACGGUGGAUGCUAUGCCAUUGAUAUCGAAACAACUGAAAUGCUUCAUUUGCUUGUCAGUCUAACACAAAAUGGUAAAUCCUUAGUCACAAAGAAGGAUUGUAAUGGAUUCACAAUGUUGCACUUGUUAUGCUCACGAUGGACUCCCGAUAAAAAGGAACUGUUGCUGGAAAUGCUCAAAUAUGGAGCUCAACUCAACGAUAGGACACACGAACAGGGCACAGCCCUAUUUUACACCUACGACGGGGAGUUGUACGAUUUGAUAACCAAAACAGUCGCACUACAUGGGUUUGCUCCGGCAGAUCCCGACCUCACGGAUCACGUUAAUGAAACCGCCCUUCAUAGGCAUCUUAGGCAAGGAAAUAGUUACAUCUGUUCAGCUAUGUUACAGGAUGCAAAAAGUUACGUCAACUUCAACCUACAGCAUGAGUCGUACUUAUGUUACCUGCUUCGAUUUGAGGUUGACCUGUUCGACAGAAAUUUUAAACCCAUUUUAGAAAACAAUCCCACCAAAACCAGUCAAAUGUUUAAAGCCGAAGUUAAAUCAUCUCCCGAUCAAACGGUCAAGCUCUUCGCUGAAGCUUGCCUUCAGAAAAACGUGUACUGUAUUGAUCAGUUUUUAAAACUGGAUCUAGACUUUACUUCUCGGAAUGAAUCGAUUUUAGUAAACCUUCUUAAUGGACCCUCGUUACCGGAUCUAGAACUGAUGAAAAAAGUCAUAGCCAAAGGAGUCGAUGUCAAUGGCGUUGAUCAGGAGGGAAAAAACGCUCUUAUGACUUUGGUAUUAAAAGCAGAAAACUAUGAAGACCAAAAAAAAUUUAUCGAUUUUUGGAAAAUGUUGAUUGCUGAAGGAACUAAUCUUAACGCGAUUGAUGCUUCGGGUGAAACGGUGCUGCAUUAUGCUUUUCGAAACAUGGAUCUGGAGUUGAUUGAAGAACUCCAAAGUGGUGGUGCAGAUUUCACUGUAAAAAAUAGGCAAGGAAAAUGCCCAUUUGAAAUGUGCGAGUAUUCAGAUUUGUUUAAUUUUCUAACUUGAACAUAACUCGCUUAAAUACCAUCAAACACUACUUCUGAAUUAUUGUAUGAAAGCCAGUUAAAUGCAUUUAAAGAACUAUUUAUAAAACUGUUAUUAUAGUCUGUAUUCGUGUAGCAAUUGCAAGUUUUUAUUGACACAAUUUGGC